AUGUUCAAAGCAACAAAUGAAAGUUGCAACCAAUAUAUUACACAACCAAUAGAGAUUGAUGACAUCGAUUAUCCUUUUGUUGGAGAUUUUUUACCAAAAGGCAUUAUAAAGUUAGCUGCAUAUAAUACUACAGAAAUCGAAUUUUAUAAGUUAGGGUACUCUAGAAAAAGUAGAAAUUUGAUUGCUCAAACCAUUUUAUCUUACAUUGGUCUACCAUCAAGUUACCGUCCAGACCUUUAUAUUGAAUCAAAUAUGCAGAGUGUCCCGAUGGAAUCUUUACAUAAAACAAAUAUAAUUCUACGUAUUAGUCCACGAAGUUUUCUUUUAGAAGAGGAACAAGAGCAAAGGCAUCUUACGAUUAUUAGCGCACUAGGAACUAUUGCUGCAUAUUAUAGUUCUGUUGCAUUUAUUUAUGUAUUUUUAUUCGGAGUUGAUUCAAUAACACCAUGGGGUGUUAUACAUGGUUGUGGAUGCAGGAAAGUCAAACAUAGAACCAGAGAAGUAAUCUACGAGGCUGUACAUUCACCUGAACUGGAAGCCAAUACACCUGACACAGAAAUUGAUUUAGCAACCCUCAGACAAAAAGUUAAAGACUUAGAAAAAUUUAAACGUUACAUUGAAAACAACUUCGUUGACACUAAAUUAUAUGAAAAAUCCGCCAGAAUGGAUCA